GGUUUACUUCGUGAUAAUAAGAAGAGGCAUAAAAUUGCAAUUUUAACGUUGGCGGGCUACGAAAAAAAUUGUUAUUUUACAAUCAAUUUUAGCAAUUAUUUUUCGCACAAUGGGUGAAAAAGGUGCAGUGUUGAAAACAUUAGCGAAAAAAUUAUCCGAAAAGACACGAAUCGGUCGUGUAGUGGAAGUUCAGGAUAUCGAAGAUACAAUAAAAGCUCCAUUUUUCUCACCUGUACAAACGCGACAGCAGCGAAAAUUAAACCAAACUCAGAUACUCGAAUUCCCAACUAAACCCCAAACAACAGGCCCCACCGCAGAGUCUAGCGGGUUGAAAAAAGAGACUGCUAAGCCAGGCACUUCGCCUAAAAAUAUCGAUGUUGCUGCUACAACAACAACUAAAAAGGUCAAAAAGGAUUUUGAAAGUACCAUGAAAUGGGAGCCGAAAGACUGGCGUUUGAUGUUGGAUAAUAUCCGUAUAAUGCGCACUGUCGAUGCGCCUGUGGACACCAUGGGAUGCCACAAAUGUUCGGAUGAUAAGGCAGAUGAAAAGACGCAACGCUUUCAAAAACUUGUUGCCCUAAUGCUCUCAAGUCAGACGAAAGAUGAAAUCACCUUUGAUGCCAUGCAACGGCUGAAAAGCAAUCAAAUGACACCGCGAAUCAUUGCAGCCAUGGAGAGAAGCAAACUGGAGGAAUUACUAAAACCCGUAUCAUUUUAUAAAAACAAAGCGAAAUAUUUACAAUUGACUUCGCAAGUACUCAUCGAUAAAUAUGACAGUGACAUUCCAGGCACCAUCAAAGAAUUGGAAGCAUUGCCAGGGGUUGGUCCGAAAAUGGCGCAUUUAUGCAUGUCAACGGCAUGGAAUGAAGUGACGGGAAUAGGCGUAGAUGUGCAUGUGCAUCGCAUUACAAAUCGUCUAAAGUGGCUGCCUAAGCCUACAAAGGAACCCGAACAGACGCGUAUCGCAUUGGAAUCGUGGCUACCACGAGAUAUGUGGCCAGAAGUCAAUCAUUUGCUAGUUGGUUUCGGCCAAACAGUUUGCAAAGCUGUGCGUCCACGUUGCAUGGCAUGUUUGAAUAGUGGAAUAUGUCCAGCUGCGCAAUGUAAAAAUGUAGUUAAGUCUUUAAAAACUGGUCCAAAAAUAUUAUUGAUGGACAAUGAUGAUAGUAAGGAUGUGACAGUCACAAAAAGAUCCAAAUUGCAAAAUCCAAAAAAAGUUUCAAUCGAAAAUGGCCGGUAAUGCGAACGCAAGUUUGAGCAAAAUUUCUUCAUGCCAUUCCUAUUGUUUCAAUCAUAAAAAUCAACUCAUUCAUAAAAAGAAAUAAAACACAGAAAACUGUUGAUUAAAAUUA